AUGACGAUCGAAGUCUCAGAUGGAUUUGCCAACGAUGGUACCACGGUACCUGAGGCCAAAGAUAUCCAGUAUGAGCCUAUUGGCACCCUCUGUGAUUUUCACACCCUCUACCAGACAAAGUGCGAUGCUUAUGGCGUACGGUCAUGGGCCAAAGAACUACCCCCCGACUUGCCUGAGCCCGUUGAGGAUGAAGAAUCGGCACAAUAUGCGCUUCUUGUGAGAAAACAGAAGUGCUAUGAUGGACGCAGAAGCUUGUCUAUUCAUUCCAUCGUAGUGCAAAGCGAGCGUCUCAAGGAGUUCUUGAAACGGGCCCUGAAUGAUUAUCCUGGUGUCACACCAACCUUGCAGCGCCUCGAAUUCGAAUCGCCUUUCCCGCCUUUUGUUCAUCGAUGGGAAGCAAUCACCAAGCUCAGAGAUGAAGAGCAGGAUUCAACAACCAAGGCUCACGUGGAACUGUUCUACCGCAUCAUGGACGAGGAGCUCAGGGACGUGAUUGACCGCAAGAGGGACCUGGUUGCCAAAGGAGUCAUCACUCACGACUUGGUUUGGACGAUCCUGGAGCCUCACGAUGUGGUCCUUUCCUCGAGUGAUGGAGCUCUACGUGCGUAUUUACUUGAAUCGGAAGAUGAACCACCGGAAAGUGAUUAUUUCACAGCCGAAUACGUUAUGUUUGACGGAAGCAAGUUCGGAUACAGUUCCACGGGGUUUAUGGUACCUAAGUUUGCAGGCACUCUACCAAUCACCUCAUUGCCUAUCUUUCCACUCAAAUGUCACCCAGAAAAAGAUGUGGUUCGACAGUUGUUGACUGCACGGGGCAAGAAGUGGGAAGAGUACAAGGGGUACCAUUUCAAAUCCUAUGAAGAGGCUUCGACCAGCACAGACUCCGAAGGUCGGGGUGACAAUUUGAGCGGAACCAAAUACUCUGUCAAGAGUCGCGUCAUCAUCGACAUCGAGGCAUACAAGCUUUUUGGGCGCGGGCUUAUCAAGUUUCACAAGUUUGACAAAGAAAUCGAUGGAGAACUGGACAAUGCUCAGCGCGUCAUUGCAACUCCAAUGCUCUAUGGAUAUUCUCUAAAUGACAAGGAAUGGGGUUCGUUCCACGUGGAUGAUUUGAAAGACAUUGAGUGGGAUGAGCAGGCCUUUGAUUCACUGGUCCUACCGCGGGAGCAGCAGGGGCUCAAAGAGGUGAUCUUGGCCGUUGCAAAGGCCCAAUCCAAGAAAGUGGAUGGAUUUGACGAUGUCGUCCUGGGAAAAGGCCGGGGUUUCAUUAUGCAGCUCAGUGGUCCCCCCGGGGUCGGAAAGACUCUUACUGCGGAGAGCGUUGCGGAGGUCAUGAAAGUGCCUCUUUAUGUCAUGAGCGCGGGCGACCUUGGAACUGACGUUGGACGGUUUGAGAACAAAUUGAAAGAUAUCCUGCGGAUGAUUCCCAGGUGGGGUGCUCUUCUAUUGCUUGAUGAGGCUGAUGUCUUUAUGGAAUCCCGUGAUUCAGCCAAUCUCGAUCGCAAUGAGCUUGUCUCCAUCUUUUUGAGGGUGCUUGAAUACUACGAGGGUAUUCUCUUCUUGACCACCAAUCGUACACAGAAUAUCGAUCCUGCAUUUGAGUCUCGGAUCCACCUUUCCCUGAUCUACAAGGAGCUUGAUUUGGAAUCCAGGCGCCAGGUUUGGACACAGUUCUUAAAUCGCUCAUCGAACAUGGCGGCCUUUGCGGAUGAACAACUUAACCAUGUGGCCGACUUGCAACUGAACGGUCGCCAGAUUAAGAAUGUCAUCAAGACAGCCGGUCUCCUGGCUUGGUCCAAGGAACGUGAGCUUCGAUAUGAAGAUCUGAAAACGGUGCUUGCUCUGAGAAAUUUGCAAAGGUAA